AUGACCAAUUUAUGGCAGUAUCGUGGUUGGAGCGUAGUGGAAGAUGAGCUAGAAGUUUUGAUUAAGUUGAGAAGAUAUAUGGAGGAUGGUCCAGAAUACUGCUCGAAGUCUUGGGUAACUACACCGGGCGGAGAUAGGAGAAGAGUCAUCAAUCAGCGAAUUAGUCAUCUUGUGGGGCUCUUGAUUAAUGCUGCCCUUAUGAUUAUCGAUUACAACAGUAUCACUGUGGCCUUACUGCUGACCAAUACAAAUAGUACCUCCAUUUUUUGCAAGGAACUUAAUUUAGCCACUCAACUUUCUGAUUUAAGCAAUGUUUGUGCUUAA